CACACCCACCAACACUGACACACGGAAGUGAGAAGCUACUGCGCACGCAUGUGAAAUUCAUGAAGCCGCGUGUAUACUCUAAUAUUUACUUAUUUAUGUUUUACGGAAUACAUGUAUCCUGUUUGUAAUGGAAAUGCAAUACAUUUUAAAACGGGAUUUAAUUUUGAGUAAUUUAUUUGAACCGCGCGUUUUGCCAAUUACUUUUUAGGAUUGUAAACUGCAGAGGUCCACAGUAAAAUCCCAAUGGACGGUGGGAAUAUCAUGGACCUGUUUCACAGGGGAAGGCCAGUCCGAGUGUGUGCACCCAUGGUCCGCUACUCAAAGCUGGCCUUCAGAUGUUUGGUGAGGAAAUAUGACUGUGACGUGUGUUUCACCCCAAUGAUCAUUGCAGCUGAUUUCAUGCGCUCUGUCAAAGCUAGAGACAGUGAAUUCACCACCAGUAAGACUGACCGACCCUUGAUUGUGCAGUUCGCUGCGAAGGACGCGCAGACGCUGGCGGAUGCUGCGUGUGUGGUUUCCCCUUUCUCUGAUGGGGUGGAUUUGAACUGUGGCUGUCCACAAAGGUGGGCCGUGUCUGAAGGCUACGGUGCGUGUCUGAUUAACAAACCUGAGCUGGUGAAAGACAUGGUUCGACAUGUCCGAAACCAAAUCGACAAUCCCAACUAUACAGUAUCCAUUAAAAUAAGAAUUCACAAGGAUCUCAGGAAAACGGUGGAUCUCUGUCAGAAGGUGGAGGCAGCAGGAGUCUCCUGGAUCACGGUUCACGGUCGUACAGCUGACGAGAGGCACCAGCCUGUUCACUACGACGCCAUCAAGACCAUCAAGGACAGUCUUUCCAUCCCGGUCAUAGCUAACGGUGACAUCAAGAGCAUGCAGGACGUGGAGGCCGUCUACGAGCUCACAGGGGUGGAUGGUGUCUGAUACAACAUGACCUUGCAGUGGACUGCGGUUGCAUCGUUCUUGUAUGUGGAGAUUGGUGUUCUCCUCAUCUUUUGCCUGCCUUUCAUCUCCGCUCAAAGAUGGCAGAGUAUUUUCAAGUGGAACAUCUGGAACCGUCUUUCCCAGUUCUGGAACAAGGGCUUUCUCACUAUGAUAAUAAUCCUCAUAGUUCUCUUUCUUGAUGCCCUGCGGGAGGUGAAGAAGUACUCGACUGCUGACCAGAGCAAAGAUUCCAAACUUCUCCCCAACAUGUUAGACCAUGUGCACAUGAAGCUCUUCCGAGCCCAGAGGAACCUCUACAUCUCUGGCUUCUCGCUCUUCCUGUGGCUUGUCAUGAGGAGAGUCAUCACUCUGAUUAACCAGUUGGCCACAGCCAUGGGCACCAGCGCCGCUCUGCAGACUCAGGCUGAGAGCGCCAACAAAGCUGCCAAGAAAUACAUGGAGGACAAUGAGAUGCUCAAACAGGCACUUACAGACGCUAAAGGAGAAGGAGGAAAGACACAAGAUCCAGAAGAGAACAAACUCCUGAAGAAGGAGGUGCAGAGACUGACGGAGAAUCUGAAGAGCAGCACCGAUGCUCUGAAAAAGUCAAAGUCAGAUUUGGACGCCAUGAAGAAACAAACUGAAGGACUGACCAAAGAAUACGAGCGUCUCCUUCAAGAGCACCAGGAGCUUCAGAAUCAGCUGGACAGUGGACACAAAAAAGACAACUAGGCAAGUGGACGCAUUGGAAACCUGUACGUUAAUGCACAAUAAUCACGGUCAUGCUCAGUUCCUUUCACUCACCUGGUAGCAUGACAUGCAAACUGUUAUGAGUUCAUGACAUCACAUCCUGUCAGGUUUCCUGCUCACCACACAUUUGAAGUAGCAGUUUUUCCAGUUUUCCAGCUUUGAUGUUGAAGCGGUGCAGCGCUGUAUUUUGAGAUUGCUGCAUAAUGUGGCUGUCUGCGAAUAGAGCGUCUGAAACCCAACACGCAUUUACAGGAAACUGUAUGUAAUUUAGUCCAAAAGCCAUAGUGACUGAUGUUUGCAUGUUGAAAGCAUCCUCGUGUUGCUUUCUUUCUCCUCUGCUAGAUUCUCUCCGUUAUUUUGUUCAAAAGUGCUUAUCAAACCAGGUUAGUCAUGCAACAUCCAGAAACAUGCAAACAUGAGUCAAUAGUAGUACGAUUGUAAUACUUCCUGAAGUACUUCAAGCAUAUUUCCACAGCAGUAGUUCCAAAGUCGACAUAAUGGAAGCCUAUCUAAGAUCACAUACAUUACAGGCUGCGUUAGUCAUUUGAUCAACUUUAAUUAAGAAGCAAAACCGUACACACAUAAACAACAGGUGAGAAGUAAACAUCACAAUGAGACAGUCAAACAGUCUGUUAGCGAGCGGUUAGUGUGUUUGUUCUCGAGUCUGGAGAGGUAGGUCGAUUACACCUGAGUUCAAAUGCUGUUAGUUGUUAAACAAAUGCUGAAAUGUGAAAUUAAACCGAUUUCACAGUCCAAUAGAUAUAAGGGAUUGUUACUUAAUUUUGAGUCUAUUUGAGGUAGAUGGUUUUGUGCUGUUGAUGCUUAACAUUGAAUCUUACAAAACAUGUCCAGGUCAUAUUGCACCCCGAAAUCUAAUUAUAUUUUGGAUAAAGAAAAUUAAAGUAUUAAGAUUUUUUUUUUUCUUGUUUUGCAUUUUUAUUAUCAUUUAAAAAUGUUUCAUUACAAUUAAGCACAUUUUAAUGGAAGCUUGUUUCUGGCAUGGGAUAAAAAUCAUAAAGGUAAUUAUCUCACAAUUCAGAUUUUUUUUUUCUCAGAAUUGCAAGAAAUGAUCUCAAAAUUGUGAGAAAAGAGUCAGAAUUGUGAGAUAAAAAUUCAGUUAUCUAAUUUUUUUUGUUUUUUAGUCUGUGGCAGGAAAAAAAAAAUAGUAAGAAAAAGAGCUAAUAUAUAAACUCAGAAUUUCAAGAAAGAAAAUAUAAAUUCUGAGUUUAUAUUUUGUAAUUCUGAUUUUUAUAUCUCGUCUUACAUUUUAUAUUUAUGUCUCACAAUUCUAAGUUUCUUCUUCUCAGAAUUGUGAGAUAUAAAUGGCAGAAAGGGGCUUCCUUGCAUUUCCCCUUCAGUUUUCAAGACUGCAAGGCAAAAAAAUUACACUGAGAAUUUAUAAUUUUUUUUAUGCAAAAUAUAGCUUGCAUUUUUUUUUCUUUGAUUGUAGGGUUUAAUCGGACCUGGACGUGUUUUGGUGAGAUUUACUCUGUUAUUGGUGAGGGCUGUUCGCCUAUUCUAGUCACAAAAUGUUAAAAUUAAAACCAUUUAGAUUUGUGUGAAGAUUAAUAGACUGUGAAAAUUAUCCUGCACUGUAAAACAGAAUAAAAUGCGUCUAAAUUAGAUUUUUUUUUUGGAAUAAGAUUAUAAUUUUUUUUCCAUUUACUAAGAAUUAGCCGUCACCCACCAUGUGGGCGUUGAAAACCAUGCAGUCAGUACAUGCCUCUAUGAUGCACGAGGCUUCCACGCUCACUUCCUCUCCCUCAGACGCAGAAAAAUUAGGGAGAAAACUGAAGAUGUUCUUAGUUGUCAUUGCUAUGCAAGAUGGGAUAGUUGGCUGAUUCCCUAAGGAUGGAAAAUGGACUCAAAUGUCUUAUAAGGGGAUUGUUUAUGCAUUUGUUGUAUUGGUAUCUUCCUGUUAAAUGUGGUUGAAUAUGCUAUUUUAUUAAUCUUAUGUUCUUCUAAUGGGUGCAAAAAUCACCUGCCUAAGUGCCUCGUUUACAUUUUGCUUUGAUUGUAUAUGCCAUUUUCAUGAUUAAAGCGAAAAACGCUACUGAUUGUA